AUGGAUGCACCGAAAAAGUAUGAUAUUGAUGAACUCAUCGCCUUGUGCCGCGUGUGGAAGAAGCGGUGCCAUCUGAUGCUUUUCUUAGCUAGAAUCCUUGUAGUCCUGGGGAAAGAGUGGUCCUUCGGUACAGCAGAAGUUCUCGGACAAGGACACCCUGGUUGCAUGCUGGGGAGAGGUGUUGUUCCGUCUUCCAAAACGGUGAUGGGGGCACUCCGUGCCUUCCCUCGCCUGGUGGAGCCGCCUCUGGAGGGCCAGCCGGCGAAAAAGCCGGACUGGCGGCGGCUUCACCUGGACGAAGCCAAGAAGGACGCCGUCAGCGUCGAUGUCACAAUGCAUGUCCCACUCGUGUCUCGCGUCCCGUCCACAGGCCGAUGCAAGGAGGCUGUAGCGGUGUGUAGCUCCGCCCGUUUCGAAGAUGACGGUGCGGCAUGUGGCUGCCUGGUUGUGGAACUGCUCAUUCAGAGAGGCUGCAACGUGACACUCGCAGACAAGGAGGGCUACGCCCCCAUGGAUGCGGCCGCUUGGCGAGGCAGGCCAGAGGUGAUGGAAGUGCUGUUGAAGUACAGCCCCUUCCCUUCGAAGCUGCAUAGCUUCCACCGGGAUGGCUAUGCUCCUUUGCACCGCGCCUGCUGGGGCAAAAGAGCGCGGCACAGCCAAGUGGUUCGACUUCUUCUCGAGGCCCGGAUAAAGCCAGAGCUCCCUUCCGUGAAUGGCACGACUUGUCUGGAGCUCGCCACGCGUCAAGAGACCAAGGACAUCGUGGCGCUGCACUUGCAACAGUCCUCGUCUCGUGCAGACGAGGUGGCGAGCGAAAAGGGCAUGCGGUCGGAGCUCUAG